AUGUUCUUCAAGGCUCUGGACCUGACCACUGCACUCCGGCCGUUGCUGUUGCCCGAUGAGACCCUCCUCUUUGUCCAGGAUGCCGUGGGCUUGUAUGAAGGCAAAUACAAGAUCCCACACUACCAGAACGGCCAUGCCUACCUUACAUCUCAUCGUGUGUGCUAUGUUGCCGCCGAGGAGCCGCGGAAGUACUCGGUGGGCAUCGACUUGAAGGAAAUCGAUCGAGCAGAGUACCAGGCAGGCUUCCUCAAAUCCUCCCCCAAGGUCACUAUAUAUCCCAAGCCGCAUAAGAACAACAGAGCCGACGGGUCCCGAAGCGCAACCGCGAGUCCUGCCGUCCCACCACCAUCGACCAACCUACACUCGGUGAAGUCAUUGUCGACUCUGUCACAAUCUACCAAAUCUCCUCCCCCAAAGCCGGUCAAUGCGACUUGGAUCUGCCCGAUCUGCUCCUUCUCCAACCCCGUCCCGUCUAAUUUUGACCCUGCCACGGCUACUGCUGCGACGCAUCUACCACCCUGCCUGGCAUGCGGUAUUAAACCACCGUUUACAACAGUCCUCAAAGCAGCCAUCAACGCUGCAACAAGUCGGGAACCUUCUCAACCCCCUGUAUCAACAGCGGAACCUCAUACUCAAUCAAAUGGCGGCUCAUCUCUUGGGGCCGAGCGUGGCGGGUCGGUAUCAUGUCCACGAUGUACUUUUGUGAACCAUCCAUCUCUGGUUGAGUGUGAGAUAUGCGGUGCUCCCCUGAGAUCGGCUGGCGCAACUGCAGGUGGCAACCGUGCCGAUUCCCCUGCUCCGUUCUUCGAGCAGGCACGAGUUACAAACACCGAAGUCAGUGAAUGCAUCAAGCUUUCCUUCCGUGAUGGCGGGGUACAAACGUUCCACGAGCGGCUCAAGAAUGCCUUAAUCCAGCGGAAGUGGCUACUUCAAAAUGCACCUCCGGUACCUCCUCCAUCACAGGCUACGUCCUCGGCGAGUGUGUCGGCAACUACAACAUUUGAGAGCCCUCAGCCGGCGCCAGCACGGUCCCAGGGCGUUGGAAUUGCUGGUCUGGAACAGCGCGGGUUUGAAGCCCGAAAGAACAACGAGAUGGUGAUCGGCAAUGCCUUUGAAGAUCUCGAGGCUCUGAUGGCAUCAGCAAAGCAGAUCGUUGCUUUGGCGGAAACCCUCGCACGAGAGUCUGGAAUGGCCAGCACCGAGGGCUCCGCAGAGACCAACGCCGUGCUGUCCGAGUCUGCGGCAGCAUUGGGGAUGGUGACGACCAAAGACAUGCUCCGGUCCGGAUCGGAGAAUCUUUAUUUGUCUGAACUAUCCCGCAAUCUUGCCGAAUACCUGACCGAUGACCGAAAGGGGAUCCUGUACCGGGAAGGGGGCAUUAUGAGCCUGAUCGACCUGUGGGCCGUUUUUAACCGCUCCCGCAAUGGAGUCGAACUGGUUAGCCCGUCCGAUUUCCAGCGGGCGGCGGAGUUGUGGGAGAAGCUAAAACUGCCGGUCCGACUCCGUCGAUUCAAGAGUGGGUUGUUGGUGGUCCAACGAUACGACUGGAGCGACGACAAGACACUCCGCCAACUCCAGGAUUGGAUGGAGGAUCUGCGACAGGUCCCGCCCGAAGAGCCCCUCGCAUGGGACUGGACUCAGUUCGGACGCGCGGUGACGGCACAGGAGGCCGCACAGCGGUUCAAGUGGAGCGUCGGGGUGGCCGCAGAGGAACUAGAGAUGGCGGAGGACCGGGGGAUUCUCUGUCGCGAGGAGGGCAUCGAGGGGCUGCGCUUUUGGGCCAAUCACCUUGGGGUGUGA